GUCAAGAGCCUGGCCUGGGGACUGCCUGCUGGCUCUCUUCCUAGCACCAUCUUGUUCCAUGUGAAGCAGAGAGAAAUCAAGGGAAGGCUUGGCUCUCGUCAAAAUGUGCAACAUACUCCUUUUUCCUUCCUACUGACCCACUGUGCCUUCUGGGAGGAAUGUGUGGAGCAGCUGCUGAAGAACCGUGAUGUCAGGGACAGACUGGGAACUCAGCCACUGGCUUCUAGCCCGGACACAGAGGCGGCCCUGCCCAAAGGUGACGCCAUCUGGGCCCCAUCCAUCCUUCCUCACGGCACCCUCAGCACCUUAAGCCACCACCCUGAGCUACACUUUGGAGGGAAGAUGGAAUCCAAAGUCUCGGAAGGUGGCCUGAACGUGACCCUGACCAUCCGCCUACUGAUGCAUGGAAAGGAAGUUGGAAGCAUCAUUGGGAAGAAAGGAGAAACGGUGAAGAAGAUGCGUGAAGAGAGUGGUGCCAGGAUCAACAUCUCAGAGGGAAACUGCCCAGAGAGAAUCGUCACCAUCACCGGCCCAACCGAUGCCAUCUUCAAGGCCUUUGCCAUGAUCGCAUACAAGUUUGAGGAGGACAUCAUUAAUUCCAUGAGCAACAGCCCUGCCACCAGCAAGCCCCCAGUGACACUGCGACUAGUGGUCCCUGCCAGCCAGUGUGGGUCCCUGAUCGGGAAAGGUGGCUCCAAGAUCAAGGAAAUCCGGGAGUCCACAGGUGCUCAGGUCCAGGUGGCAGGUGACAUGCUGCCCAACUCCACAGAGCGGGCAGUGACUAUCUCAGGGACCCCAGAUGCCAUCAUCCAGUGUGUGAAGCAGAUCUGUGUGGUCAUGCUGGAGUCCCCACCGAAAGGUGCCACCAUUCCCUACCGCCCAAAGCCCGCCUCCACCCCUGUCAUUUUUGCAGGUGGUCAGGUAAGAGCCGACCCGCUCGCGGCCUCCACUGCCAACCUCAGCCUUUUACUGCAGCACCCGCCGCUGCCCGCCUACACCAUCCAGGGACAGUACGCCAUCCCCCACCCAGAUCAGUUGACCAAGCUCCACCAGUUGGCCAUGCAGCAAACCCCCUUUCCUCCCCUCGGACAGACCAACCCCGCUUUCCCCGGAGAAAAGCUGCCUUUACACUCCUCCGAAGAAGCUCAAAAUCUGAUGGGCCAGUCGUCAGGUCUGGAUGCCAGCCCCCCGGCCAGCACUCAUGAGCUCACCAUUCCCAAUGAUCUUAUAGGCUGCAUAAUUGGACGCCAAGGCACCAAAAUCAAUGAAAUCCGACAGAUGUCAGGAGCUCAGAUCAAAAUUGCCAAUGCCACCGAAGGCUCCUCAGAGCGCCAGAUCACCAUCACAGGGACCCCAGCCAAUAUCAGCCUUGCCCAGUAUCUCAUCAAUGCUAGGCUGACGUCUGAGGUCACCGGGAUGGGUGCACUCUAACCUACCCAAGAUCCUCCGUUCCACACUUCGGAUGGCCCCAGCCCGCAGCCUCACCAGCUGGCACACUGUUCAGACUGCCUGUCCUUCCUUGCAGAUAUGAAUAGAGCGUUUUCUUUACAAACAGAUGAUAGUGCGUGUCUGCCCACUCAGGCCCUGUACGCUCCGUGUUAGUGUAGCCUCCACGCGUCGGCAUGCAGCUCUUUACUUUAAUGCUCAACGUGUUCCCAAAUGUGACGUUUCAGAGAUUUAUUCCUCAGUAUCCAUGUGACUAUCUGUUUAAAAGUUGGUUUGAUGCUUUAACAGCCCUCCCCAUGUCCUGCCGUCCCCUGUUCUCCGAGAUCCUCCUCUCUCGUGCGGUCUGCUGGCUCAUUUCCACCCUAGGUUGUACGCAGGGAUCAAAGGUACUUUUCUUGAGAACUGCAGGGAGUGUCUGGAAGAGGAGGGACUGGGGGGGGGGGGG